CGCCAUGCGCGCGCUGCUGUUGCUGCUGCUGCGCUCGGGCCGGGGUGGGCGCGCCGUUGCCCCCGCCGCCACCUUCCUGCAGCGGGGAGCGGGUGCAGGGGCUGGGCCGCGCCGCGCCAUGGCCCUGUACCGCACGGAGGAGCGCGGCCAGCCCUACUCGCAGAAUUACCGCCUCUUCUUCAAAAAUGUAGCUGAUCACUACAUUUCCCCCUUUCAUGACAUUCCUCUGAAGGUGAACUCCAGAGAGGAAAAUGCUAUUUCUACAAAGAAGGCACGGAAUGAAGAAUAUGAGAAUUUGUUUAAUAUGAUUGUAGAAGUACCUCGGUGGACAAAUGCUAAAAUGGAGAUUGCCACUGAGGAGCCAUUGAAUCCCAUUAAGCAAUACGUAAAGGAUGACAAGCUACGAUAUGUGGCAAAUAUCUUCCCUUACAAGGGUUAUAUAUGGAAUUAUGGUGCCCUCCCUCAGACUUGGGAAGAUCCUAAUCAAAAAGAUAAGAGCACAGACUGCUGUGGAGAUAAUGAUCCUAUUGAUGUUUGUGAAAUAGGCUCAAAGGUUUUUUCUUGUGGAGAGGUUAUUCGUGUGAAGAUCCUUGGAAUUUUGGCUCUUAUUGAUGAAGGUGAAACAGAUUGGAAAUUAAUUGCUAUCAAUGUGAAUGAUCCUGAAGCCUCAAAGUUUCAUGAUAUUGAUGAUGUUAAGAAGUUCAAACCAGGCUACCUAGAAGCUACUCUUAAUUGGUUUAGAUUAUAUAAGGUGCCAGAAGGAAAACCAGAAAACCAGUUUGCUUUUAAUGGCGAAUUCAAAAACAAGGCUUUUGCUCUUGAAGUUAUUAAAUCCACUCAUGAAUGUUGGAAAGCACUGCUUAUGAAGAAUUGUAAUAGAGGGACUAUAAAUUGCACAAAUGUGCAGAUAUGUGGUAGCCCUUUCCAUUGCACUCAAGAGGAAGCAAGAUCACUAGUUGAAUCGGUAUUAUCUUCUCUGAAUAAAGAAAGUAAUGAAGAAGAGCAAGUGUGGCACUUCCUUGGCAAGUGAUUGGAACAUUUGAAAUUCUGCCAUCAAGAUCCCAAUCUCUAAGGACCUCAAGAUUCUUUUUCCUCUAAGUGCUAGAGACAGGCGGGUCUAUGAACAUUUGCUGACUUCUUAUUGAAAUUUCAUUUUUUCAAACUUUUUGAGAUAUGCAAUAUAUAAAUAAACUUGAAAUUUUUGAAUUA